AUGUACGCUGAUGACCUGUGCUUUGUGGCAGACACUUGUGAGGGUUUGCAGGCGCUAAUAAGUUGCCUCAACGACGUUUGUUGUAAGUUUGGUCUUUCAAUAAACGUCAAGAAAACCGAAGUGAUGGCUAUGAACAUAGACGAACAGUUGUUAGUUCCUGACUUCUUAAUCGGCAACAGCAAACUGAAACAAGUGGAGAGUUUUAAGUAUUUGGGCAGCAUAGUCACACAUAAAGGGGAUCUUGAUGCAGAAGUGGAUCAGAGAAUAUGUGCAGCAGCAGCUGCUUUUGGCAAACUGCAACCCAAAGUUUUCCGCUCGCACGAUCUCAAGUCAAUUCCGAUACCGGACGGCCUGGUGAUGGACCCAAUGGCGCCCACAGCACUCGCAGUUCCAAAUCAGCUGAUGGGUCGCAUAGGCAGUGGGCUCAGCAUCCUUAGAGAUCACGGCAAAAAAUUUCAAAAGGCAAUUUGUGAUAUAAGAAAGUGCGAUAUAUACUACUUAUAUAUGAUCAUAAGCAAUAUGUGUGACUCUUCAAUAAUGACUGAAGUGCAUGAAGAUUUUGCUGCAGUCGUGACAUACCUACUGAAGAAUAGGAAGUUUGAAGUUCACAGAAAAACUUGGUCUUCAAUCGUAAAUAUAGUGUUGAUUGAAGCCAAAGAUUUACCAGACGCGCCUGCCAAUGGCUCCAGCGGUCUUUAUUGCAAAUUUAAACUAGGUAAUGAAUCUCACAAAUCGAAACAAGUACAUAAAACAAAACCAAUAUGGCGAGAACGAUUCAAUCUAUAUCUCUAUGAAGAUAACGCUUUAGAGGUCAACGUCUGGCACAAAACAAAACAAAAAAACUUUAUGGGCAGAUGCGUAAUCGAUCUCUCACAACUAGAAAAGGAGAGAACACACGAUAUAUGGCAGAAGUUAGAAUGUGGUUUUGGUUCAGUACACCUACUAGUCACGCUCAGUGGAUCAGAUAGGUGUGUGCCUCCCGACAACGUACUAACUACGACGAAUGGUAUCCAAAAAGACGCACCUACAGAUGACAAAUUCCUAUGGUACAGACUGAAUAAUAUAAGCGAAGUUGGACAACUGUCAGUCACAGUGCACGGUGCAAGAGGCUUAAGUGCUUUGAACAUCAGUGGCAAUGUUAACGCGUUUUGCAUAUUAGAGCUUGACAAUGCAAGAAUACAAACGCACACUAUACGAGGUACUUCAGAACCUAAUUGGAAUAAAAACUUUACGUUCGGCGUAAAGGAUGUCACCUCCGCUCUAGAUAUUACGGUAUACGAUGAGUCAAUAUUACAAUCCAUGAAGGGUGAGAAUAUUGGUAAAGUAUCAAUACCGCUCUUAAGGAUAAGUAACAAUGAAAAGAAAUGGUAUGCUCUCAAGGACAGAUCGAAACGACAUAGCGCGAGAGGUAACUGCCCGAGGAUUCUAUUGGAGAUGUCACUUGUAUGGAAUCCCAUAAAAGCAUCAUUGCGAGUAUUAGGUCCAAAGGAAACGAAAUACGUUCAAAAACCAGCGAAAUUCGAUAUACCACUCAUAUACAGCAAUCUUGUGUUUAUUAAGGAUAUAUUUAAAGUAUUUCAAACCGGAAAUGAGCAUUUGAAGAGGUUAUUCGAAUGGGAGAAUCAGGAAAUUUCAGCCGCGGCGCUGGUCGGGUGGCUCAUCUUUUGGUAUUUCUUCCGAAUGUGGAUGACCCCUCUUUUGCUGGCUUUACCCUUCGCACAUUACUGGCUCUUGCAGAGAAACAACAAUAGCCAGAUUCCCAUACAGCAAAUAGACGAGGUAGACAAUAUAGAGGAGGAACCGGAAGCAAAGGAUGACAAAACGAUAAAAACUCGCCUCAACGAGCUCCAAGAUCUCACUUUAACAAUCAAGAAUGGCAUCGAUUAUGUAGUUUCAUUGCUAGAAAGGAUAAACAACUUGGUGAACUUUAGUGUGCCUUAUUUGAGCUACUUGGCUGUUAUAACUCUCGUAGCUGCCUCAUUUGCCUUCUACUUUAUCCCCGUAAAUUAUUUAUUUAUGGCAUUAGGUAUUAUUAAGUUUACACGAAAGUUCUUGAACCCGAAGAGAGUGCCGAACAACGACCUUCUAGAUUUCAUAUCUAGAGUUCCAGAUAAUGAGAUUUUGAAACAAUGGCGAGAGCUAAAAGUUCCUGAACCAACAAUGAAUCACCAGAUCGAUCCAGCAAAAAGUAGA